GCCAGCCAAGCAGGCCAGUGCAGUUCCCGUUGUGCGGGCCUCGAGUAAUGGUCAACAUGAGCAGCUUGGGCUGAGAGAACUCGAUAUAGUUUACGACAAUAUUGACGUUUACGACCCCGCGAAAUAUUUGCAUCGGUGUCAUCUCCACGCGCGCUGUUAAUGUUGAUAAAAUCCCGCGAUAACUGACAGACGCGGAUGGCGAAACUGCACCGUAAUAUCUGCAGAGCUAUGCGGACUAUAACCUAAUAGCUAUAUACCAUUGCUCAGAUGUGGCUGUAAACACAACAACAAAUUCAUUUUUUUGAUUUAUUUUGUAUAUUUUUUUGUACAAAGACAGAGUUUAUAUUUAAAAAAUGGCAGACUCCGACGACGAUAACGAUCAGGAUUACAAUGAUCUCAUGUCCAGUGGAAGUUUAGCGGGCUUUAUGUUUGGCAAUAUAGAUGUCAAUGGUGAACUUGAGGAUGAUAAUGUGCUUGACUCAGAGGCCAAAGAGCAUUUGGAAUCCCUGUGCCAUUUGGGUUUGGGAUCCUUGAUUCAGGAAAUGAUGCCAGAUGAAUCAAACAAGAGGGAAAACGGUGAUAAGAGAGAUGACAAGGGUGGCUCGUCGCAGCAGAAUGGAGAUUUGUCUUCAGAGGAAGAUUACGAUGAAGAUUAUGAUGGCGAUAAAGACCCUUCAGCCAAAGACUUUUCAGACAUCAAUGAGCUUGCUGAUGAAGCAAUUGAAGAAAGUCAGACAAAAGCUGAAGAUUCUGCUGCAAAAAAUGAAAUGAGUGAGAAUACUCAAAAAGAUAUAAAAACAGAAAACACUGAUGGCUCUGAGAUCUCCCAAAGAAUCAAUGAUGCUGAAAAAAUAGAGCCAUCGAUAAAAAAAGAAUGCGCUGAUACUGUAAAACAAGAAAUUAAUCAAAAUAAAGACAAUUCGGGGGGUGAUGAAAAAAUGGAAGUAGACAAUGACAAUAAAGAAAACGAAUAUGAUGCUGAUGAUGAGGAUCAUAAAGGUGAUUCAAAAUUAAUGCCACCUCCACCAGUACCAGAAGAAAAAGAAAUUCUUACAGCUGAAGAAGAAGAAGCUAUUCAAAAAAGGAAACUGGAAACUCCACUAGCUUCUAUGUUGCCAUCAAAAUAUGCUAAUGUAGAUGUAACAGAACUUUUUCCAGAUUUCAGACCUGGUAAAGUUUUAAGGUUUUCAAAAUUAUUUGGCCCUGGCAAGCCUUCAAGUUUACCACACUAUUGGCGUACUGUUAGAAAGAGGAGAAGAAAACAAAAAAUUUUAGAAGGUUCAAAAGAUUCUGAUUCUGGGUCAGGUUCUGACAGUAGAUCGAGAUUUAGGGGGUGGGUUAUGAAUUAUGGUCCAGAUCCUACUCCUGACCAGUUAGCUUCUGAUGAUGAAGACAAAUUAUUAAAACCUGUUGAUACUCCAGUGGAAGUUCAACAUGGAACAAAUGGCGACACUGAUAAUAUGGGACCAAAAGUUGCUGAUUGGCGGUUUGGACCUGCACAAAUUUGGUAUGAUAUUUUAGAUGUACCUGAAACAGGUGAAGGUUUCAACUAUGGAUUUAAAUUGGCUGAAAAGGUUGAGGAACAACCACCUGUUAAAGAAGAUUUACCAGAUGAUGCAUUUUUGAUGGUGUCUCAAUUACACUGGGAGGACGAAGUCAUAUGGGAUGGUGAUGACAUAAAACAUAAAACAAGACAAAAACUAAAUUCUAAAGAUACUCCUGCUGGAUGGGUGCCGUCAAGUGAUAAUAGAACUGCUCAAUCAGCUUUCAGUCAACCUGGCAAAGGAACUCCUAUUGCCCAGAAUGUAAGAUUAUCAACGUCACAAAUAUCUACUCCAUUAUCGAUGCAAGGACAGAAAAAUAAAUUAAAUUCCAAAGAACAAGAUCAUCAAGAUGAUACGUGGUACUCUAUAUUUCCUGUUGAAAAUGAAGAGCUUGUUUAUGGUAGCUGGGAAGAUGAAAUCAUUUGGGAUGCUGAAAAUAUGAAAAAGAUUCCCAAACCUAAAAUACUAACUCUUGAUCCAAAUGAUGAGAACAUUAUUCUUGGUAUUCCUGAUGAUAUUGAUCCAGCAUUGUUGCAUAAAAAUAAUGGACCUCAACCAAAAGUUAAGAUUCCUCAUCCACACGUUAAAAAGAGUAAAUUACUUCUUGGCAAAGCAGGAGUUAUAAAUGUUUUGGAGGAAGAUGCACCACCUCCCCCACCAAAGUCUCCUAGUCGAGAUCCAUUCAAUAUUUCAAACGAUGAGUACUACAUGCCAAAAUCAUCAGAAACCACUCUGAAAUUCAAAGUUGGUGGAGGAAAUCUUAUUCAACAUAGUACACCUGUUGUCGAAUUAGCUCAUCCCUUCGUAAGAACUUUUGUGGGACCAGUAAGAUUAAGAUCUCUGCACAGACCACCAAUGAGACGAUACAAUACUGGCAAAUUAAGCAGAAACGAGAUGCAUGGUGUUUUGCCUCUGAUUAAAUACAUCAAGAAAAAAGCAAAACAGCGCGAGGCAGAGAGAAUUGCAUCUGGAGGUGGAGAUGUAUUUUUCAUGCGUACAGCUGACGAUCUUUCUGGUCGCGAUGGUGAAAUCGUUCUGGUUGAGUUCAGCGAAGAGUACCCACCUCUCAUGAAUCUCGUAGGUAUGUGUUCCAAAAUGAAAAAUUAUUACAAGCGCAAAGCUGGCAAAGACACCGGACCACCGACAUAUAAGUACGGAGAAACAGCUUACGCUUACACGAGUCCUUUCCUUGGAAUUCUCGCCCCUGGUCAGAGCAUUCAAGCUAUGGAAAAUAAUUUGUACAGAGCACCGAUUUACGAGCACAAUAUACCUCAAACGGACUUUCUGGUUAUUAGAACUCGAAAUGACUACUUUAUUCGAGAAAUAGAUGCUCUUUUUGUUGCGGGCCAAGAGUGCCCUCUCUAUGAGGUGCCCGGUCCAAACUCAAAAAGAGCAAAUAACUUCGUUCGGGACUUCCUUCAGGUUUUCAUAUACAGGCUUUUCUGGAAAUCCAAAGAUACCCCUCGCAGAAUAAAAAUGGAAGUUAUCAAGAAAGCCUUCCCAAUGCACAGCGAGUCCAGCAUUCGGAAACGACUGAAGAUAUGUGCCGACUUCAAACGUACGGGCAUGGAUUCGAAUUGGUGGGUCAUCAAACCGGAUUUCCGUUUACCCACGGAGGAAGAAAUCAGGGCCGUGAUAUCGCCCGAGCAGUGCUGCGCCUACUACAGCAUGAUCGCCGCUCAGCAGCGGCUCAAAGACGCCGGAUACGGCGAGAAGUCCAUCUUCGCCACCCAGGACGACGAGGACGAGGAGCAGCAGCUGAAAUUGGACGACGAGAUCAAAGCGGCGCCCUGGUACACGACUCGAGCCUACAUUCAAGCCAUGAAGGGCAAGUGCCUGCUACAACUGUCCGGUCCCGCCGAUCCGACCGGUUGCGGCGAGGGCUUCUCGUACAUCCGAAUGCCCAACAAGCCGACCGUCAGCAAGGAAGAGCAGGAGGCGCAGCCGAAACGGAUCGUCACUGGCACCGACGCCGAUCUGCGCCGACUGAAUCUCAAGGACGCGAAGAAUCUGCUGCGAAAGUUCGAUUUGCCGGAGGAGGACAUCAAGAAAUUGUCGCGUUGGGAGGUCAUCGACGUCGUGCGCACCUUGUCGACGGAAAAGGCCAAGGCCGGAGAAGAGGGUAUGACCAAGUUCUCUCGCGGCAAUCGUUUUUCCAUCGCCGAGCAUCAGGAGCGCUACAAGGAGGACUGCCAGCGGAUCUUCGACCUGCAGAACAAGGUGCUGGCCUCGAGCGAGGUGCUCAGCACGGACGAGGGCGAGAGCUCCGACGCCGACAGCUCCGACGACAUCGAGGAGAUGGGCAAGAACAUCGAGAAUCUGCUGAACAACAAGAAGACCAGCACGCAGCUGAGCUUGGAGCGAGAGGAACAGCAGCGCCAGGAGCUGAGAAAGAUGAUGUUGAUGGGCGACGGGCCCGGCCUGCAAGAGGACAGCAAACUCAAAGGCAAGAAAAAGGACGACGAGAACAAUUCGACGUCCAAUUAUAACUCUCAGCGCGGCCGCAUCCUGAAAAUCGUUCGCACGUAUCGACACUCCGACGGCCAGGAGUACACUCGAACCGAGACGGUUCGAACGGCGGCCGUCAUCGACGCGUACCUCAAGAUCAAAAACUCCAAGGACGAGACGUUCGUCAAGCAGUUCGUGAUGCCGGACGAAUCCCAAAAAGAGGAGAUCAAGCGAGAGAAGCGACGCUUGCAGGAGCAGCUGCGCCGUCUGCGACGCAACCAGGAGCGCGAGCGCAUGCUCAACAGCGCGAACCAGACGCAGAACAGUCUGCAGAGCGGCCUGCUGCUCGGCAACGGCAACAACAGUUCGCAGGGCAGCACCGGGGCCUUCCCGUCGCAGACGCUGCUGGACCGCUCGAACGCCUCGUCACCGGUGUCGGCGAACGCGAGCACGAUGAACGCGUCGACUCAGGGUGGCUUCCCCCAGACACCGACGACGCCGGUCUCGCUGUCGAACCAUCCCAGCAAGAUCGUCAAGUCGGAGCACCACAGCUCGCCAUCGAGGCGCAAGAAGGCCAAGCUGAAGCCCGAUCUCAAGCUGAAGUGCGGCGCUUGCGGCCAGGUGGGCCACAUGCGCACCAACAAGGCCUGUCCGCAGUACCAGUACAGCAUGGCCAACGACAAAUCGAUGAUGGGCAUGUCGCAGAUGGAGAUGGACGAGCAGGAGAUCGACAUCAAGCCGAUAAUCAACACCGAGGAGCAGGACUUGGUCAACAUCGAGGGACUGAAGGUGAAACUGGCGCCCAAACUCAUCAGGCAAGCCGAGGAGGAAUCGAGAAAGCGCAACCUGUCGAACCUCAGAAUACCUCGAGACGUCGUCGGCCAGGGCUCGGGACGUAAGCGUAAGCGCGGCAACGGCAGCGACACCAACGAUAUCUAUCUCAAGCGCUAUCAAAAGCCGGGAAGCGCCAAUCGUCGUCGCACCGAUCCCGUCGUGGUGCUGUCCACGAUCCUCGAGGAGAUCGUCAACGUCAUGCGCGAGCAGAAGGAGUACUUACCCUUCGCUUUCCCUGUUAACUCCAAGCUGGUGCCCGACUAUCAUCGUAUCGUCGGCCGUCCCAUGGAUCUGCAGACGAUUCGCGAGAAUCUGCGCCAGAAGAAGUACCAGUCGCGCGAGGCCUUCCUCGCCGACGUGCUGCUGAUCAAGGACAACUGCACCCUGUACAACGGACCCAAGCAUCCGCUCACCCAUACCGCCCAAAAGAUGCUCGACUUUUGCGUGAGCGAGAUCAAGCAGAAGGAGGACAGACUGAUGAGGCUGGAGAAAGCCAUCAAUCCGUUGCUCGACGACAACGAUCAAGUCGCCCUGUCGUUCAUACUCAACACCGUGAUUAACGAUAGGCUGAAACUGAUGUCCGAGGCCACGCAGUUCUUGAAGCCCGUCAAUAAGAAGGUAGUCAAGGACUACUACGACAAGAUACAAAAUCCAAUUGAUCUUGAGACUAUCCAAAAGAACGUUGAGGCGCACAAGUACCAGAGCCGUAAAGAGUUCCUGAACGACAUACAGCAAAUCCUCAUCAAUUGCAGAAUAUACAAUGGGGAAUCAUCGUCUUUAACUAAGAAUGCCGAGGCUGUGGUUAAAGCCGCGCAGGAUUACUUGGACCAGUACGGUACGGAGCACGUAAUAGAGAUGGAAAGAAGAAUAUCUCAAGCUCAGCAACGUGCCUUUGAGCAAGCCGGCAUCGAUUCGUCUUGGAUCGGCGAAGGCGGUGAAGAUGAAAAUUACACUAUUGCUGAGUCAGACUCUAGAGGACAAACAAGCCAUUUGAGCUCACCCGAGCACAGCUUUGGCAAGCCCAUGGAUACUUAUGAUUUCGUCGAUGUCGUGAAUGAAGUGGAGCUCAGUGGACCGAAAGCUACGAAGAAGGACGUUCUCGAAGAGGACCUACAAUUCUCUAGCGAAGAUGAGUUCGAUGAGGUGCCGUUCGGAACGACCGAUGAUUUCGACGCAACUGAAUUGAAGCCCCUGCAACCUGUUCAAGUGCCCGUCGAAGACCUGCCCGGCGAUCACGACAGUCACCAAGUCGCAGAGGCAAUGAUCCAGUUGGGCAACGCUGGUUCCUACCAUGCUGAGACAUCGAUCAUUCCACCUGCGGUUGCCGAAGAGAGCAUAGAUUCAAAUUACGAUCCAUCGGACUCUUUCUUCACUACGUUAUCGGUACGAAAGGAGGAGGACAUAGUAUCAAAAAUUCAAGAUGAUCUCGCCAUGUCCGACAGCGACGAGGAGGAUCAAAAAGACAUCAAAGAGCUGCAACCAGCGCAAAUGUCUACCGAGGAGGAAGUCGGUAGUUUAUGGUUUUAGGGGAUCCGUGCAAAUAAAACAAAAAAGUGUUCGAAAAGAUGCCGUUUUUCGAUCGGUUUACAAAAAUUAUAUCGUGUGGUUAACGCCACUCGUGGCUUCUCAUUAAUGUUAAAAAUUACGAUAAGUAUUAUAGAGCGUGAGAGCGUUAUCGUUGUGUAAAUAAUAUUUUGUUAUGUUAAGUAAAUAGCAUCACUUUGUAUAAUAAUAUUAUAAAAGACCAUUUAAGUGCGAAGAUUAUUGUAAAAAGCUUUAAAUAGCUGACUGUUGUCAUUUUUACAACUUGAAAAAAUACUUGAAUAUUUUGUAUUAUAUACUCUAAUGAAAGAAAAAAAGUGAAAAAUUAACUAUUUAAUUUUUGUGAAUUAAAGUACCAGAGAAUCAUGCUAA